AUGACUCUCAAACAGGGGAAGGACGAAGCGUUGCGAUCAUUCAUGGACCAGUAUCAGAAGACGGUCCGGCGCGUGAAAAGUCUGACCCCAGAGCUCGCCCUUCACUACAUCCUGCCGGCUCUAAAGCCGGGACCGUUUAAGGAUAGCGUCUGCAGGCGAGUGCCCAAAACGAUGGAAGAGUUGAGGGAACGGGCUGCAGAUGAGAUAAGGGUGGAGGAGAUGAAGCUCUCCUACAAAAGAGAAAAUCAAGAAGCCAGGGAAGCAAAGGCGGACGGUAAUAAGCCCGUUUCGUCCACCGGAAAAACGUCUGGUCCUAGACCCAGAGAGCAGAGAAAGGGACCUCGCUUCCCACAGUACACACCUCUGAACGCCUCGAGGGAGAAAAUUCUCCGAGAGGCCUUGAGUGCGGAAUUGAUACCGGAGUGGGAAGCGAACCCGACUCCGAAGAAUGCUGAUUGGAGCAAACACUGUGCGUACCAUAAAAAUAUGGGUCAUACCACCGAGGAUUGCUGGACCCUCCGGGAUAAGAUAGAAGAGCUCAUCGGGGCGGGAAAGCUUAAAAAAUACGUACGUGAGGAGCACCCGCCGCAAUCAACCGAACGACCUGCUCAAAGGUCGACGUACCGAAAGGAGAAACCGAGGAGCGCGCGAGCGGAACGACCCCGCUCAGAGAGGCGACCAAGCCGAAGUCGAAGCCGCAGCCGUGAACUUCCCUUGAGGGGACAUAUCAACACUAUUUCCGGAGGAUUCGCGGGAGGAGGAUCGUCUUCCUCCGCCCGUAAACGACAUGUUCGGGCCCUCCAAUCCGUGCAUUUAGUGGACAAGCCACGCCGAUCCAUGCCACCCAUCACCUUUUCGGACGAGGACUUUCACACCCCUGAUCCUGACCAGGACGACCCGAUGGUCAUAACGGCAGAGAUAGCCCGGUAUGGGAUCAGUAAGGUUCUGGUUGACCAAGGAAGCUCGGUCAACAUCCUCUAUUGGAAGACCUUCCUGCAGAUGGAUAUCUCGGAGGAUCUCAUCGUCCCUUAUGAUGGGUAG